CAUUUUUUGAAUUGGGCGGAAAAAUUGCGAUUGGUGUUACCUGAAUUACCUGGAUUGGUGUUACCUGAAUUACCUGAAUUGGUGUUACCUGAAUUACCUGAAUUGGUGUUACCUGGAUUACCUGAAUUGCUAUUGCCUGGAUUACCUGAAUUGCUAUUACCUGGAUUACCUGGAUUAGGGUUACCACAGCGUUUUUGGGAAAGUUUGUGGGAAAUCAAGGGAAGCGGAGCGGAAGGGGGUAAAUUCCCGGUGGGAAAGAACCUGUGGGAUGUCUCUUUAGAGAAAAAAGAAGGUUCUCCCACGGGUUGUACUUCAAUUUGCGCGUUCUGUUGCUCAGCCACUGGUAGAUAG